GUAACCUCUUGGCUAACACCACCUGGAACAAAAAGCAGUUUACUUUCACAAAUAAUUGAAAAAUCACCAAUUCUCCUAUUAUUUACACCAAGAAAUCAAAUGGCUGGUUUAGCACCAUAUUAUGAUUUACUCAGAGAAACAGCUCUAGAAUUUUACAAUUGUAAUUCUUCUACUUCUGUUAAAUCACUUAUACAACAUUUGAUUUUAAAACGAUAUGCUUUACAACAGGAAUUGAAUCAUCUCAAAGAAAAAUGUGCAUCAUAUAUUUCAUCAUUUCAGGAAUAUAAAAGUUGUAAAUAUUGUACUCAGCAAUGUUGUCAAUCAAUAGAAAGUAAUCAGUUUCCUCUAAAUAAAUGUUCAUGUGUAGCUUGUCUUUAUUCUGGGGAACAAAAAAAGAUUUCCAGUAAAAGUAACUGUGAUAAAAUUAUUUCCAAAACAAUAAAACAUGUCAAGAUUCCAAAUUAUUUGUUAUUCCAUAGUUGUGCUAACAUUGAUUUUGAAUAUCCUCUGAAUUAUGGCUCUUAUCAUCAUAUAUCAGUAAAUUGUCAUGAUCAAAACUUUAAAGAUGAAUUUGCUUCAGAUAUUCUCUAUGGAAGUAAAUCAGUAGGUGUACAAGAUGAUAGAGUUAUGAAAUUACUACAAAUUAUGGAAAAGAAGAAAUGCAGGCAUUUUUACGUAGCUAUGAAUUACAGCAAUGUUAGUUUUCCAAAUGUAUCUCAGGUGAUAGCAUCUGAUUGGAGAAGCAAUUUUUCAGGUCUUGGUUGCAGAACAAAUCGUACUCUGAGUUUUGUUGCAAUGGAUGCUAUAGAGUUCCAUACAUUUGCUGAACAUUUAGGUUUUGAUAUACUAAAUCAUCCUCAUCAGACAAUUGUUGUGAUAUUAGAAGCAAAACAAGAGACUCAAUAUCAUCUUGAAGGAGAAAUAAAUAAAAAUUCUCUAGG